GUGGAUCGGAGUUCAGAGUCGAGUGCUGCGCCGCCCAGCCGCUGCAGAGUCUGUGCCGGCGAGAUGCCUCUGCUGAGCCCUCGGAACAACGGCCGAAUGGCCCACAACAGCGUGGCGCCGCGCAGCUCGCAGCUCUACACCGUGGAGGUGGGGGAUACGCGCUUCCAGAUCCUGAAGCGUUACCAGAACCUCAAGUCAAUCGGUUCCGGCGCCCAGGGCAUCGUCUGCUCAGCGCUGGACACGCUCUCCAACCGUCAGGUGGCCAUCAAGAAGCUGAGCAGACCGUUCCAGAACGUGACGCAUGCCAAACGCGCCUACAGAGAGUUCAAGCUGAUGAAGCUGGUCAACCACAAAAACAUCAUUGGUCUGCUGAAUGCCUUCACGCCGCAACGGACGCUGGACGAAUUCUCCGACGUGUACCUGGUGAUGGAGCUGAUGGACGCCAACCUCUGUCAAGUCAUCCAGCUGGACCUGGAUCACGAGCGCAUCUCGUACCUGAUGUACCAGUGUCUGUGUGGUAUCAAGCACCUACAUCUGGCGGGCAUCAUUCACCGGGAUCUUAAGCCGAGUAACAUUGUCGUGAAGACGGACUGCACGCUCAAGAUCUUGGACUUCGGUCUGGCGCGCUCCACCGGCACAUCGUUCAUGAUGACGCCCUACGUGGUGACGCGCUACUACCGCGCCCCCGAGGUCAGUAUCGGUAAUCCUCGCAUGGGCUACAAGGAGAACGUCGACAUCUGGUCCAUCGGCUGCAUCAUGGGCGAAAUAAUCCGCGGCGCCGUGCUGUUCCGCUCCGACCACAUGACCAGUGGAAACAAGAUCAUCGGGUCACUGGGCACGCCGUCCAAGGAGUUCAUGGAGCGCCUGCUGCCCACCGUGCGGAACUACGUGGAGAACCGGCCCCGCCACCCGGGAUACAGUUUCGAACGCCUCUUCCCCGACAUGCUGUUCCCCGACGACAACACCGAGAACGGCAAGGUCAAAGCGUCGCAGGCGCGUGACCUGCUCUCCAAGAUGCUGGUGAUCGAUCCGGAGCGACGCAUCUCCGUGGACGAGGCGCUCCGGCACCCUUACAUCAACGUCUGGUUCGAGGACCAGGAGGUGAACGCGCCACCGCCUGGCCCGUACGACCACUCUGUGGACGAGCGGGAGCACACAGUGGAGCAGUGGAAGGACCUCAUCUACAAGGAGGUGAUGGACUACGAGAGCGUCCACAACUCGAUGGGCCUGGCCAACGCCAACGUGGAGGCCGCCAACGCCGUAGCGCCGGCUGUGCCACGCAGGUAGGACUCGGCCGACUGGUGGACAAAAUGGCGCGUGAAGAUGGGAUGGUGCCAGCCUCCGUGAGUGACGCUCAGUCACCUAGUGGACGGCACGGCGCGGCCGAGCUGAUGACGUCAGUGGACGGCGAAUACGUCAUCGGGCGGGAAGCACUCCAGCCGGCCGACCGAAACUUCACGCCGCCUGUCCACCAAGCGAUAGAAACUGACUGUACAUACGACCAUUCCGAGAACUAGUGUUUUACAAUUGAGGUGAUAGAUGUCGCCCGCGGAGGCGGCGGCCCACCGCUCCGAAUGAGUAGCGAACUGGCUAUCUAGGCACUAACCAAUCGUGAUUGUUGUUAAUUUGUAGCGGUACUUACCACGUCUCGCGUUCCUUCUGGCUUCAAUAGGCGUGCGCUGACACGCUGUCGCCCGGCUGCAGCCUUUGUGCCGCGGCUGGUGCCCGUCCCGGCCAGGCUGGCACACGGCUGCCGUCCCGGCCGCAUGGCCCGUCCGCCGUCGUGUGGGUCACCCUCCCGGACCUCUUCGGACGGCGGAGCGCCCGCUCCAAUAAUGGUGUAGCACCGGUGGACCGUGUGGAGCCGGAGCCCGUGGGGUCCGGUUCGCCGUCGCGCUGCUAGGCACGGAACGGGGCCGGUCCCGGUCAGCACAGAUAGCAUCCGGUGUUCGGCAGGCACUCUUUGGCACGCUGGUGACGGCCUGGGAUGCGACCACUGCUCCUGCGCCCAGUCGACUGAUUUGUGUGCAUGACCGUGUAUGCAAUUCCUGACUUACGCGAGGACGCCAUUUUUAGUCGGAAUGGUGUUGUUUUGAUUAAGCUUUCUGUUUUAAAUGCGCACACUCAUGCCGUGACCCAUGGAUUGUUAGGCGCGAUUUCAGCGGCGGUUAUGAUCUGACCGGGCCCGCAGUGGUAGAUUUUACUUGGACAGUCAAAUGUUAUCGGUUGUUUGUCGGAGGGGAGCGGUUUCGUUGUACACUGACGCCCGGUGGCCACGACUUGACUGUGGUGCUUCGUUUGUUUUACGCCCGCCCGUGAGUGCGCUUAUUUGCAUCACUGAAACCGGGCGCACUCGAGCUCCGGGCCCUCGAAGACUGCCGCGGGCGGGAAUCCCGCCCGCGGCGGCGUUGUGCUGGCUGGCGGCCGUCCCGGGUCGCUUGGGCUGCGG